CCGGAAGUGAGUGUUAGCAUUAGCUCGCUUGCCGUCCGUUCAUGCGGGAGCAGAUCAGCUGUUUGCUUCAGUUUACAGCUUCAGUUAGCUGAUGAGUGUAACAGCCCAUGGGAACGUGUGUUCCUCCGGGCUUUAGACGGACUCUCCUCCAGCUAUCUAACGGAGGAACGGCCCAUGUUAGCGAGAGACCGCGGUCAUCCAGCUAGCUAGCGUUAGCCGUCCCGCUGACAGCUCGGAGCGUCCUGCUAGCCUAGCAGCUACAUUAGCACGGAGCUCCGGGAAGAGGUGAGCGUCUGCAGCAACCAUGGCGGGGGGAAUCAACGAGACCGGGGAACCCUACUCCGCAUUUGUGGGGCUGGUGUACAUGUUCAAUCUGAUCGUGGGAACAGGAGCUCUGACGAUGCCCAAAGCCUUCGCUACAGCCGGUUGGGUGGUCAGCUUGUCACUCCUCACCUUCUUAGGGUUCAUGAGCUACAUGACCACCACGUUCGUGAUCGAGGCGAUGGCGGCGGCCAAUGCUCAGCUGCGCUGGAAGAGGAGAGAGCAGGAAGAGGUCGACGACAGCGACUCCACCUCUGAGUAUUCGGAUGAUGAUGUUAUGGGCCGAGGCCGAUCGGAGCCGGAGACGAAGCCCAUCCUGUCUGUUCAGAGAUCAGGAGGGCCCGUCGAUCAUUUCGACAUUGUGGAGCGGGUUGAGAUGGGUCAAAUGGCCUCCAUGUUCUUCAACAAAGUUGGCGUCAAUAUGUUCUACAUCUGCAUCAUAGUCUACCUGUACGGAGACUUGGCCAUCUACGCAGCAGCUGUGCCUAUAUCGCUAAUGGAAGUUGCCUGUGGAAACCACUCCUGCAGCGCUGGAAGUGUGAAGUACAACGAUACAGACCCAUGCUGGGGCUCUGUCACCAGGAAAGAUGCUUACCGAGUGUUUCUGAGCAUGUUCACUCUUCUGUUGGGUCCUUUCACCUUCUUCAGUGCCCAGAAGACCAAAUAUCUUCAGAUUCUCACCUCGCUCAUGCGCUGGAUUGCGUUCACCAUGAUGAUCAUCUUGGCUCUUAUCCGCAUCGGUAAAGGCACUGGCGAGGGCCGCCCACCGGUCGCCUCCUUCUCUGGAGUGCCCAACCUGUUCGGGGUGUGCGUCUACUCCUUCAUGUGUCAACACUCCCUGCCCUCCCUGGUGACGCCCAUCUCUGACAAGAAGCGUGUCGGCACCCUGGUGUUGGCAGACUACGUCCUGAUCCUGGGCUUCUACCUCCUUCUCUCAUUCACCGCCAUCUUCUGCUUCGACAGCUCGCUGCUGCACGACAUGUACACCCUGAACUUCACAGACAACUGCAACGUGUUAGAUAUUCCGUUCCUGCGCUACUUCCUCGGCCUGUUCCCAGUUUUCACCAUCAGCACCAACUUCCCCAUCAUCGCUGUCACACUGCGCAACAACUGGAAGACCCUGUUCCACCGGGACGGAGGCACCUACCCAUGGGUGGUGGACCGUGUCGUGUUUCCCCUCAUUACCCUGGUGCCCCCGAUCGUGGUGGCCUUCUGCACCCACAACUUGGAGUCCUUGGUGGGCAUUACAGGAUCCUAUGCUGGCACAGGGAUCCAGUACAUUAUCCCAGCCUGUCUUGUGUUUUACUCUAGACGCCAUCUGGAGCCCGUGAUGGGCAGGGAUGCCAUCAACAAGCACCAGUCUCCCUUCCGCCACGCCUUCUGGGUGUGGUUUGUUUGGUUGUGGGCCGCCUCCUGCCUCAUAUUUGUCACAGCCAACAUCAUCCUGACGGACACCAAGAAAUGAGAACUCACUGCUGUAAGAACUUUCUUUAAAAAAAAAAAAUAAUAAUCUGUUUGGCCAGUCUCUUUGUUCCUGUACACGAGGCCUUACUUGCUGCUGGUUGGACAGUGUGCCUUUUUAUGGGACAUUUGUUGCAUCUAUUAAAUGUAACUAAGAGUAAUUUAUCAAAUUUGUUAAAAGGGACCAAAUGUCAUAUGUUUUUGUUCCAUCAAAAAGCUGGAACAGUGCAUGACAACAAUGAAAGGGAACUGAAAAGGGUCAUUUAUUAAACGGAUGUUUUGUCAACAAACAUAGUGUGAGGUUUUCACAAGGAUUUGUUUGUCUAAAAAAUUGCGAUGAGACAUAGAUUUUUUAGUGUAAUUCAGAAAAUAAUAGAAGGCAACUUUUUGUCACUAGCAGUUUGGUGACGGAUGACUCAACUUUUGGUGCAGGGGACUGCUUUGAUUGAUGUGAUUGGACAAAAUUGCAAGGUCGCGCAGAAUUCACUGGAAUUUGUUGAAUUGGCCCUAAAAUUGUGUAACUCGACCCCCAAUUCCAGCGUUGGAACGGGGGUGGGGUUGUCAGAUGCUGUUCGAUGAUCCGACAGUUUGUUUGAAGCAGACUAACUUAAGAGUUCUGCAGGUCGUCCAUCCUGUAGUUCUUUGUUUUAGUGUGUCUCAAUCAAAUCCCAAACUAUGGAAAAGGUAGGGUGUUCAGAUGCUGAGAGAUCCAUGGGACCUUCAGGGCAGAAUAUUCCAAUAAAAAUACAUUAAAGCACGUUUGAAGGAGCAGAGUAGCAACAAGAAGAAGAGCCUGUCACAUCCAGACUUGCUCUGUUGCUAAACUGCUUGGCUUAAUAAUUAAAUUGGAACAGAAACCAACAGGAACGAAUCAGGGACGAUCAGUCUUUCAUGGCUGACGUGUAUCCAUUCCCCUCAUGAACAAUGAAGCUCCCUCCGUGACAGAGCCACUGACAGAUAGGCCUCCAGGAAGAGCUCCGUCUCUGUUUAUCACCAGGCACUCGCGCCUGUAGUUCAGACACAGGGCAUGUCUCCCCGUCUUUUUACUGCUCAGCACCCAUUCAUGACUCUGUCAGCCUCAUACUGUAUCUAUCACACAGCCCAACACCUGACAGCAUAAUGGUGAUCUACAGGGCUUCAGCUCUGGAUAUGGAGAAGGCAUCAGUGGCCAAAAGUGAAGAGUAGAGAGCCAAAGCUGUGACUACAGAGUUCAUACACUAUCUGCACACUGUACUGUAGUAAUGCUGAUUUCACUGACACUUGGCAGCUUCUUCUGUGAGUUGUGCCUCCGUUGAUGGACUCCGUUGUUGCCCUGACUCCUUAAUCUUUUAACUGUGUCAUUUUUAAAGGGUUGGGUCCUUAAUGGUGAGUGGAACUUUUUUUGUGACGUGUAUAACCUUGACGAAUUGUGUGUCUAAAAUUCAGUAGCAACAACUCUUACAAUAACCCAGAAACUAUUCAUUUUGUGGUAUGUGGAUUAGGCUAUGGGACAAAUUUAAUGUCAUGACUAUAUUCUGUUAAGAAACACAUUUAUUGUAUCACAUAUAGACGACUCAUCACCUGGACAUUGGACAGUCUUUCUUACAGUUCUUUACUUUGUUAUCUACACUAUUUCCAUACAUCUGGUUUAUCUUUUUUCUUUUAGCUAUGGUGACGGCGUUAGAAUAACAGGAAAGAUGCAGGUUCCCCCUUCAAAAUAAAACAGGAAAUCAAUAAAGGACUGUAUGUGGCGAGCUAGACAGCUUUUUUAAGUCAUUUGAGGAUAAUCAUGAUUAUCACCAUAAUGGAAAUUGACCAUGAUAAUAAAUAUAAUUUUAUCACAAUAACCCCGUACAUCAUCUCAUUGCUAAUGCUAACUAGACCACGAGAAUUUGGUUUUGUUUAUUUUUUGUGGAUGAAAUGAGGCUUUCGUGUUGUAGGUUGUUGAAGGACUUCAGCGGUGUAGACCGGAGACCAGAGCUGAUCGAUUCCAUACCAUGGCCACAGAAAAUACUCAUUUCUGACUGGCAGAUAACUUAGUUUCAUCAAAUGUUGUGUCCACUAUAACUUCCUGUCUGCUGCGGUAACCGUGCACCUUCACAACUGUACCUGCAAGGUAGACUGUAGAGGGUUUAUUAUGCAGGGAAAGGUGGAUGAGUGACUGGCAGGUCAAGUUAAGUUAAUGUACAUUAAACAGCAGGUAACCAUAGAAACAGUACUUCUGCUUUAUGUUGUGUUACCAGUUAACUCAGACUGAGGUAAACUCACUAAAAACACACUUUAAAGUGUGUAUGGGUUUUAAAUUGCACUAUAACACAGGCUGUCUGGAUACAGAAAAUAAUUGACUCUGCAAAGCUUUUUGACCUCCACUUUGUGUCCACACACAAUAGCGGUGUCAUGAUAUGUUCACACGUUACGUAUUCAAGUGCCACUACAGCUGUGGUCAAUUAAAAUGCAAGCCCAGUAUCAGGGUGUACUGUAGUUCAGUGGGUUGUGGAGCGGUUAGAGACGCUGUGCAGCUCUUUCAUCAACUGCUGUAAUGCAGUUUAAAUUGAAAGGUAAUGUGCUGUGACUCGAGUGUUUUUAAGGAACUGCAACUGUGAGAUUUCUUCUUGUGCGUCGUCGUAGCGUUGUUGUACCGUUGAAGGUGGAAGAGGGUGCCUCUGAUUUGUAGCCUGGUCGGCUUUAUUGUCGUUCUCGGGCUUCAAUAAACUGCAGCGAGAAUUUGCAUCUGAGUGUUUAACUGGACCAAAUAUGGACUAGAUGGGUUCUCACAGGACACAGUAUCAUAUCAGUCCUGCACUCUGUCUUUCUGUCUAGUUUUUGUCUAAUUCGAGUGGAAAGGGAAUCAGUCCUUGCAUGCACAAACACAUAAAAACAUAAUUACUAUAUGUCAUUUAAAGCUGCAGUAGGUCAUUUUCAUUCAAAUAAAUGUAUCCUGUUUGCUGAAAUUUUCUCUUUAUCCUGACAGUAGAACAUGAGACUGAUAAUCUGUGAAAUAAUCAGGUUCCUGUGGCUCCUCCUUGUGCUCCUAUUGGCAUCUGCAAGAAUCCACCAGGGCCCGAAUGAAAACAACCAAUCAGAGACGAGAAAGAUAGUUGAGUCUCAUUCCCAGGGCUGGAAAUACAGACGUUUGGGAAUGAGACUCGUCAAUCAACUAUCUUCAGUCCUCCAAACCAAAGCAUCUUUUGAUCUUUCUCGCCUCUGAUUGGCUCUUGUAACAGGAACAGGAACCAAGCAAAUAUGACAAAACGUUACCUACUGCAGCUUUAAAUGUUUACUUUCCCGCUUUUGUGCCGGUUGGUUUUCGUCCAGCUACAGGUCGUCUUCUUCGUCACCUGAAGUGUAACAUUUGAAUGAAGAACAAACACUUUAACCUUGGAUAGAUAUUUAUAAUUCAAUCUGGAGACGAUGUAACUGUGUGUGUGUGUGUGUGUGUGUGUGUGUGUGUGUGUGUGUGUGUGUGUGUGUGUGUGUGUGUGUGGUGUGUGUGUGUGUGUGUGUGUGUGAGAAUGAUUAGAUAUUAAAUAUGUUAAUGUGGUUCUGACUCUUGUUUGGAGUUAUGAAAUGUGCCUUUUUUUAUGGGGUCAUUUUCUUACCCGAACUUAUCGACUCUGCUGUUUUUCCUCGUCCUUUGAAAAGCAGCUAGCCUGACAACAUCUGCAUGUAAGCCAUUUCAUUUAACUGACAAUCAGCAUGUCCCCCAGAAAUGCUUUAUAAUCCUUUUUUCUUGUCUUUUCAUUUCUGUUCUUGUUUUCAGUUUCUCCUAAGUUGACUGUAUUUCUUUCCUCCGUGUUUCUGGUAUUUGUUUACAAUGAUUUGGCCACCCUCUGAUUCAAUCAUUUAUACAGAUGUUUACUGCUUUAAUUGAUGUUCUGUUGGAUUUUUAUGAUUCAUAAAGAAAAUAAAAGCUUUGUGUUCAUCAUGAA